CGUCGUCGGCGGCGCCAUUAAAGGCCGGAGGAGGCGAGCGCGCUGCUGCGGCCGCCGGGGCUGAGGGGGAAAAGCGUCCGGGAGGCGUCGGGGGAGGCCCGGGGAUAUGUCUGAGGAGCAGUUCGGCGGCGGGGAGGCCGCGGCGGCGGCGGCGGCGGCGGAGCAGGAGGGCGGCGUGGUGGAGGCGGCGGCGGCGGCGGCGGCGGCGGGGAGCGCGGAGGGAGGAGGAGGAGGAGGAGGCCCCGCCAUGGCUGAGGCGGAGGGCGCCAAGAGCGACGCCGCCAAGAACGAGGAGGACGAAGGCCAUUCAAACUCCUCCCCACGGCACUCUGAAGCAGCGACGGCACAGCGGGAAGAAUGGAAAAUGUUUAUAGGCGGCCUUAGCUGGGACACUACAAAGAAAGAUCUGAAGGACUACUUUUCCAAAUUUGGUGAAGUUGUAGACUGCACUCUGAAGUUAGAUCCUAUCACAGGGCGAUCAAGGGGCUUUGGCUUUGUACUAUUUAAAGAGGCGGAGAGUGUAGAUAAGGUCAUGGACCAGAAAGAGCAUAAAUUGAAUGGUAAAGUGAUUGAUCCCAAACGGGCCAAAGCCAUGAAAACAAAAGAGCCUGUUAAAAAAAUUUUUGUUGGUGGCCUUUCUCCAGAUACACCUGAAGAAAAAAUAAGGGAGUACUUUGGAGGUUUUGGUGAGGUGGAAUCUAUAGAGCUCCCCAUGGACAACAAGACCAAUAAGAGGCGUGGAUUCUGCUUUAUCACUUUUAAGGAAGAGGAACCGGUGAAGAAAAUAAUGGAGAAGAAAUAUCACAAUGUUGGUCUUAGUAAAUGUGAAAUCAAAGUAGCCAUGUCGAAGGAGCAGUAUCAGCAGCAGCAGCAGUGGGGUUCCAGAGGCGGAUUUGCGGGACGAGCUCGUGGAAGAGGUGGUGGCCCCAGUCAAAACUGGAACCAGGGAUAUAGUAACUAUUGGAAUCAAGGCUAUGGCAACUAUGGAUAUAACAGCCAAGGUUACGGUGGUUAUGGAGGAUAUGACUACACUGGUUACAACAACUACUAUGGAUAUGGUGAUUAUAGCAACCAGCAGAGUGGUUAUGGGAAAGUAUCCCGGCGAGGUGGUCAUCAAAAUAGCUACAAACCAUACUAAAUUAUUCCAUUUGCAACUUAAUCCCCCCCAACAGGUGGAGAAGCAGUAUUUUCUGAUUUGAAGAUUCAUUUGAGGGCGGCUCCUGCCUCCCACUAAUAGCAGUUCAGACUAAAUUUUUUGUAUCAAGUCCCCGAACGGAAGUAUGACGUUGGUCCCUCUGAAGUUUAAUUCUGAGUUCUCAUUUAAACAAAUUGCUUUCCUUGUUUUAUUUCUUAAUUGCUAUGCUUCAGAAUCAAUUUGUGUUUUAUGCCCCUUCCCUGGUAAUUGUAGAACAAGUCUUGUGUUAAAAGCCCAGUGUGACCGUGUCAUGAUGUAGUAGUGUCUUACUGGUUUUUUAAUAAAUCCUUUUGUAUAAAAC